AUGGUUCUGCUUCAUUUACCCUCUGAAUUACUACUACAACUAGCGACCUUCCUGGAGACAGAACGAGAUAUCAACUCUUUGGCUCAAACAAACAGACGACUCCACGCUCUCCUUAAUCCAUAUCUCUAUAGACUGAAUUCUCGAGGCUCAAAUUCCGCUCUGCUGUGGGCUGCUCAACAUGGGAACGUGGCUACAGCUCGAAUAUGCGUCCAGGAAGGGGCUAAAGUCAGAGUGACGGAUAGCGGGGACCGGACACCAUUAUCCUGGGCCGCGCAGCACGGACAUGAGGCGAUGGUGGAGCUAUUACUUGGGACAGGGCAUCCGAUUUUGAACUCGAAAAACUCCGAGAGGACAUCAAUUUUCCGGAAACUAUCAUCCUGGGCUGCGCGGCACGGACGUGAAGACAUGGUGAAGCGGUUACUUGAGAGAGAGCAGGUGGUUGUGGAGUUGAAAGACUCCGAGGGAUGGACACCAUUAUCCUGGGCUGCGCAAAAUGGUCAUGACGUGGUAGUGAAGCUGUUACUUGAAACUGGGCAAGUGGAUGUGGACUCGAAGGACUUUGAAUGCCGUACACCAUUUUCUUGGGCUGCGAAGCAUGGACACGAGUCGGUAGUAAAGCUAUUACUUGAGACCGGGCAAGUGGAUGUGAACUCGAGGGACAAUGAAAACUGGACACCAUUGUCCUACGCCGCGAGGGAGGGACGUGUGGCGAUAGUGAGGCUAUUACUUGAGAUAGGCCAGGUGAAGGUGGACUCGACUGACUAUUCCGGCCGGACACCGUUGUCCUGGGCCGCAAGGUUUAGACGUGAGGCGGUGGUGAAGUUAUUACUUGAGGCAGUCCAGAUUGAUGUGGACUCGGAGGACACCCUAGCUUACAAGUCAUUAUCCCAGAUUGCUAAGCUUGGAUAUAAGGAGGUGAGGAAGCUAUUACUUGAGACAGGGCAGGUCGAUGUGGUCCUGAAGGACUAUGAAGGUUGGACGCCAUUGUCUCUAGCCGCGCUUGAAUGUGAGGCGAUACUGAAGCUAUUCCUUGAGAAAGGCCAGGCGGAGGUGGACUCGACUGACUAUUUUGGCUCGGACAACCCGUUGUCCUAUGCCGCAACAUUUGGACGUAUGGCGUUGGUGAAGUUAUUACUUGAGACAGGCCAGAUUGGCGUGGACCCGAAGAACAACAGAGGUCUCAUACCAUUAUCCCUGGCUGCGAAGCAUGGAUAUGGGGCGGUGAUGAAUAUACUAAUUGGGACCUGGCUGCGAAGCACGCAUCCAGGGCGGUAUUGA